UGCCACCAUUUCUCUCUCACCGUCUGCCUCCUUCCUCGCGUGCGUGCGGUCCCCGGUCCCUGUACGUCCUGCCCUAGCCACCUCCACCACUCCAGCACAGGUCGCGCCGGCGGCGGCGGUGGCGUUGCACUAUCCUGGUGCCACGAGCAAUGGUGAGGAGCCGCUCUCCCAAGGGCGGAGAUGACGGCAGGCGACGAAGCACUCCUAGGAGAAGUUCUGAUGAGCAAGGAGGAAGGAAGGAAAAAGGUCCUAUAAGCCUCUUGGUGCGUAACAUCCCUCAUAACUGCAGAAUUUCCUGCAGAUAUGAAGAUCUUCGAGUUCCUUUUGCAAAGUUUGGUCCUGUUCGGGAUAUUUACAUGCCAAAAGAUUACUACAGUGGGGAGCCAAAAGGGUUUGCUUUUAUUGAGUUUUUUGACUCCCAUGAUGCUUCGGAGGCGCAAUAUCACAUGAACCGUAAGCUGUUUUGUGGACGUGAAAUUAAAGUUGAGCCUGCCACGGAUAAACGGAAAAGGCCUGAAGACAUGCGUAGACGAACUGGAGUAAGAGUUCAUUCUGGUUCUAAAGGGCGCGAUCUUUCUAGCCAUGGACGGUCUCGUUCUCGUUCACACUCCCGUUCUCCUCGCCAAGGUGGUCGUGAUAGAUCACGGUCACAUUCUCCUGCACCAAGAAGGCGUGGUGACUACUCUGCUUCACCAAAGAGAAAGGAAGAGUGCCAGGCAAAAUCGUCAGGACAAUCAAAAGAACAUGACAACGAUAAGAAGCUGGGAUCCUGUACUCCUGGUGGUAGAAGUGAACGUCAUGACACUGAUAAUUAUUCCAAUGAGAGGCGGGCAACACCUGACUAUUCUGCUGCACCAAAGAGAAAAGAAGCGUGCCAGACAAAAUCACCAAGGCAGGCAAAUGAACAUGAUGAGGACAAGAACCGUAUAUCUUUUAGUCCUGAUAGAAACAACUGCCGUGAUGCUGACAAUGGCCACAAUGAGCGAGAUGACUACUUUACUUCAUCAAAGAGAAAGGGAGAACGCCUGUCAAAAUCACUAAGAUUGUCCAAAGAACAUGAUAAGGAUAAGAAGCGGAGAUCCUAUAGUCGUGAUGAUCGAAGUGACUGCCGUGAUGCUGAUAAUAGUUUCAAAGAGAGGCGGGCAACAACUGAUGGUGGUAAGAGAUCCUGUCCCCGCCAGAGGUCACCCAGACCAUCCUCUGGAUCACACUCAAGAAGGCGAGAUGCCUACUCUGCUUCCCCAAAGGGAAAAGAAGAGCAUCGGGAACAAUCACCAAGACAGUCAAAAGAACAUGAUAAACAUAGGAAGCGGAGAUCCAAUACUCCUGAUGAUAGAAAUGACUGCCAUGGUGCUGAUCAUAGUCACAACGAAAUGCAAGGUGACUGCUCUACUUCACCAAGGAUUAAGGAAGAGCGCCAGGCAAAAUCAUCAAGAGAGUCAGAAGAAUAUAACAAGGAUACAAAGGGUGCCCCUCAUGAUAGAAAUGACCGCCAUGAUGCAGUUAAUGGUUCCAGAGAUAGCAAUUUGCAUGUCGACAGGAAGCCGGUAACACCUGACGAUGAGGGAUCCCAUGCCUGCUGGAGGUCACCCAGACCAUCUUCUGGAUCAUGCUCAAGAAAGCGAGAUGACUGUUCUGCUUCCCCAAAUAAAAAGGAAGAGCGCCGGGCAAAAUCACCAAAACAAUCCAUUGAAUACAAGGAUGAAAAGAGGAGGUCAUGUACUGCUGAUGAUAUGAAUGGCCGACAUAAUGCUGUUAAUGGUUACAAGAAAAGGCGAGAUGGCUACUCUGCUUCCCCAAAGAUAAAGGAGGAGUGCAGGGCAGAAUCACCACGACCGACAAAAGAACGUGAGGAUAAUGGUGGCAUUGACCGUACUGAUGCUGACAAUGGCUACAAUGAGAGGCGUGCAGGACCUGACUCUGCUUCACAGAAGAGAAUGGAAAAGCCUCCCCAAGCAAAAUCACAAAGCCAGUCAAAAGAAUAUGAUAACGGUAAGGAGAACAGAUCCUAUACCCAUGAUGAUGGAAAGGAGUGCCGCAAUGCUGAUAAUGGUUCCAAAGUGCGAAAGGACUACUCAGCUGCUGGAAAGAGAAAGGAAGAGCGCCAGGCAAGUUUACCAAGACAAUCAAAGGAACAUGAUGAACAUAAGAAGAGGGGAUCCUAUACUCGUGAUGAUAGAAAUGACCUCCGUGAUGCUGAUAAUGGUUCCAAAGAAAGGCGAAAGGACUACUCAGCUGCUGGAAAGAGAAAGGAAGAGCGCCAGGCAAGUUUACCAAGACAAUCAAAGGAACAUGAUGAGCAUAAGAAGAGGGGAUCAUAUACUCCUGAUGAUAGAGAUGACCCCCGUGAUGCUGAUAAUGGUUCCAAAGAAAGGCGAAAUGAUUACUCAGCUUCCCGAAAGAGAAUGGAGGACUACAGGGCAAAAUCAUCAAGACAAUCAAAAGAACAUGGUGAUGAUAAGAAAAGGGGAUCGUGUACUCCUGAUGAUAGAAGCCACCGCUCCGAUGCUGAUAAUGGUUUGAGAGAAAGACAAGGUGACUUCUCAGCUUCCGGACAGAGAAAGGAAGAGUACCGGGGAAAAUCACCAAGACAGUUAAAGGAACAUGGUGACAAUAAGAAGAGGGGGUCAUAUACGCCUGCUGAUAGAAAUGACCUUGAUAAUGGUUGCAAUGAGAAGCUGGCAACACAUGACGGUAGCCGUAGCGCCUGCCCUGGCCGGAGGUCGCCGCGACCAUCUUAGUUCAGAGGACAAGACUCGUGCCUGCCCCAACGACUGAUGGGAUCAUGGAAGUGUAGGGAUGCAGUUCCUUGUGUGUGUAAGGCUGACUGGUGCUCAUGGGUUGAGCUAGCUGACUGGUGCUCAUGUGGCGGUAGUAUUUUAAGAAGUAAGAUGAGAAGCAAACCAUUUGCUGCCACCUGCUUGUGUCAUGUGGUGGUGGUAGCAAGCCCGAACUGCACAUUAGAUGUACUCAACUACUCCUUCCGUUCCAUAAUAUAAGAACGUUUUUGGAACUAGUCUAGUAUCAAAAACGUUCUAGUAUCAAAAACGUUUUUAUAUUAUGGGACAGGGGGCAUACAUUCUAAUGUUGGAUCUGUUGCUGUCGGGGCAGCAAAUGUUUGAGAGAAGCCUGGGCAUGCAUCGGACGUGAAGAGUGUAGGGAAAUCA